AACCGUUUUUGGUUAGUUUAGUUUCCACUGAGCUUGCUUUCUUCCAUGGCGAUGAUAAAUAAUUCUUCUUCUUUCUCCCACACCAUUUCACUUUCCGAUUUUAUAAAAUUGAUUCUUCUCUUCUUCUUAAACCCACGAAGAAUUCAUGAUUUCGUAAGCUCUAUAGAUCAUCUGAAGCAUAAUCAAUGGCGAAUCUGAGUUUGAGCUUGUCUCUGAUCUUCCGGAUUUGCGCUUUUCUAUUGCUGAUCAAUGUCUCCUUCGCUAAAACACUUAAACGAGACAUGAAAGCUUUGAAUGAAGUAAAGAGAUUGGUGGGAUGGAGAUUGGUUUACUCUUGGGUCGGAGAUGAUCCUUGUGGCGAUGGAGUUUUGCCUCCGUGGUCUGGAGUUACUUGCUCCACAGUUGGUGAUUAUCGUGUCGUCAUCAAGCUAGAAGUGUAUUCAAUGUCGAUAGUGGGGAAUUUCCCAAAGGCUGUAACGAAGCUCUUAGAUCUCACUGUUUUGGAUCUUCACAAUAACAAAUUAACAGGCCCUAUUCCUUCAGAAAUUGGGAGGCUUAAGCGUCUUAAGACACUAAAUUUGAGGUGGAAUAAACUUCAACAUGUACUGCCUCCUGAAAUUGGUGGAUUGAAGAGUCUAACUAAUCUGUACCUAAGCUUUAACAAUUUCAGAGGAGAAAUCCCCAAAGAACUUGCAAAUCUCCAUGAGCUCCAAUACUUACAUAUUCAGGAGAAUCAUUUUACUGGGCGGAUUCCGGCAGAGCUGGGAACAUUACAAAAACUUCGCCACUUGGAUGCUGGCAACAAUAACUUAGUGGGAAGUAUAAGCGAUCUUUUUCGCAUAGAAGGAUGCUUUCCAGCUCUUAGAAACCUGUUUUUAAACAAUAAUUACUUCACUGGAGGACUCCCAAACAAUCUUGCAAAUCUAACGAACCUAGAGAUCUUGUACUUAUCUUACAACAAAAUGACUGGAGCAAUACCCGCUGCACUUGCCAAUAUACCAAGACUAACUAACUUGCACUUGGACCACAAUCUAUUCAAUGGAAGUAUCCCUGAAGCUUUCUACAAGCAUCCCAACUUAAAAGAUAUGUACAUAGAAGGGAAUGCCUUCAAACCAGACGUGAAGGCCAUUGGUGCACAUCAGGUCCUUGAACUUUCUGACACAGACUUCCUUGUUUAGUUAAGCAUCGUACAACUCUGUUUCAUUUACAGAUUGGAAUUUGGCAGUGUUAUCUGGUUAUUAAGAUUGAUUUGUUAUCUGGUUAUUAAGAUUCAUUUUCUCUGUUAAAGCGAGAUUGUAGUUGAUGUGUUUUCUGAAUGUUAAAGAUUCCUUAUCCAUAUGUGAAAAUUGAAUAAAAAA